GAUGUACCAGGUAAAGCCUUAUCACGGGCGCGGCGCGCCUCUCCGUGUGGAGCUUCCCACCUGCAUGUACUGGCUCUCUAACGUGCAAGGCAGGAGCGGCGGCCCAGCGCCCGGCGUUGGCCACCUACAGACAGAGUUUCACUGUGUCACCCAGGCUGGAGUGCAGUGGUGUGAUCUCGGCUCACUGCAACCUCUGCCUCCCGGGUUCAAGCAGUUCUCCCAUCUCAGCCUCCUGAGUAGCUUGGAUUACAGUCUUUGGUAGAUGAGUGGCUGGAUAGCUACAAGCAAGACCAGGAUGCAGGAUUUCUGGAGCUUGUUAACUUUUUCAUCUGAUCUUGUGGAUGUAAAGGACUCGGGGGACUAUCCUCUGACAGCUCCAGGUCUAUCCUGGAAGAAGUUCCAGGGCAGCUUCUGUGAGUUUGUGGGGACAUUGGUCUGUCGGUGCCAGUACAGCCUCCUCCAUGAUGACUUCCCUGUGGACAACCUCAUCUCCCUGCUCACUGGCCUCUCAGACUCACGAGUCCGCGCCUUCUGUCACACUAGCACCCUGGCUGCUAUGAAACUGAUGACCUCCCUGGUAAGAGUUGCCCUCCAACUGAGUCUGCACCAAGAUAGCAAUCAGCGUCAGUAUGAGGCUGAAAGAAACAAGGGGCCAGGGCAGAGGGCACCUGAGCGGCUGGAGAGCCUGUUGGAGAAACACAAAGAGAGAAUGCACACAAGAAAUUGGAAACAGCUCUUCCCUCAGGAGAACAAACCAACGUGGCUGCGAGACAGGAGAGAAACAUGAAAUUCUAACAGCUUACUCUUUUGUACCUUUGGAAUUUUGUAUAUGUGCAUUCCUUAUUUGAAUAAAUAGACAUCUUUUUUUUUUUUUUUUUUUUUUUUUGAGACAGAGUUUCCCUUUUGUUGCCCAGGCUGGAGUACAGUGGUGUGAUCUCAGCUCACUGCAACCUCUGCCUCCUGGGUUCAAGCGAUUCUCCUGCCACAGCCUCCUGAGUACCUGGGAUUACAGGUGCCUGCCACCAUGCCUGGCUAAUUUUUGCAUUUUUAGUAGAGACAGGGUUUCCCCAUGUUGGCCAGACUGGUCUUGAACUCCUGACCUCAGGUGAUCCACCCCCUUGGCCUCCCAAAGAGCUGGGAUUACAGGCAUGAGCCACUGCACCCAGCCAGUAUUUUAUAUUUUUUUGAGACAGGGUCUUGCUUUGUCACCCAGGCUGAAGUGCAGUGGUGCAAUCACAGCUCACUGCAACCUCCCCCUCCCGGGUUCAAGCGAUUUUCCUGCCUCAGACUCCCAAGUAGCUGGGAUUACAGGUGUGUGCCACCAUGCCCAGCUGAUUUUUGUAUUUUUAGUAGAGAUGGCGUUUCACCAUGUUAGCCAGGCUGGUCUCAAUCUCCUGACCUCAGGUGAUCUACCUGCUGCCUUCCAAAGUGCUGGGAUUAUAGGCAUGAGCCACUGGCUUCAGCCAGGAAAUACUAUUGGAACCCUGCUGCUGAAAGUGUGGCCCAUGGACCAGGAGCUUGGGCAUUAUCGGGAGCUUGUUAGAAAUUCAGAACCUUGGGCCCUAUAGCCCAGACUUCACCUUUUUUUUUUUUUUUUUUUUAAGAAGGAGUCCUACCCUGUAGCGCAGGCUUGAGUGCAGUGGCACGAUCUCGGCUCACUGCAACCUCUGCCUGUUGGGUUCAAGUGAUUCUCCUGUCUCAGCCUCCCAAGUAGCUGGGACUACAGGCAUGAGCCACUGCGCCUGGCUAAUUUUUGUAUUUUUAGUAGAGACAAGGUCUCAUGUUGGCCAGCUUGGUCUCGAAUUCCUGACCUCAAGUGACCUGCCUGCCUCAGCCUCCCAAAGUGCUGGGAUUACAGGUGUGAGCCAUGGUGCCCAGCCCAGAUGCCACAAUUUAAAAGGCUUACUUUUCUGGGUCAAGCUGCCUUUUUUGGGGUCAUUAGGGAAGGAAUGGAUGUGUGCUCUACGGGUUCUUAUAAUAGCAAUGAACCUUCAUAAUCAGACUCAUUCCUUAAUUUUGCUUACUUUUUCAUGCAGCUGCAUUAAUACUACAUUGUCAAAGACAAAGACGAACAUGAGACAUGAGAUACGAGUUUUAAAAAAAAAAAAGAGAGAA